UUGUAAUGUAUUGAAAUUCAAAUUAAAAUCAAAUCAAAAAACGUGUAAACUGAAUUUUCAAUUUAGAGCCCCACGAUUAGUUCUUCGCUGGCUGCCGGCCAUAUCGAUAACUGCAUGGUGAAACUAACACCCGAGUUGAUUAACCAGUCCAUGCAAUACAUAAAUCCAUGCCGUGAACGUGAGCUCGAUUUGCGCGGCUACAAAAUUCCACAGAUCGAAAAUUUGGGUGCCACAUUGGAUCAGUUUGAUACGAUCGAUCUCUCGGACAAUGAUCUGCGCAAAUUGGACAAUCUGCCACAUCUGCCUCGGCUUAAGUGCCUGCUGCUGAACAACAACCGCAUCUUACGCAUCAGCGACGGCCUGGAGGAGGUCGUGCCGAAUCUGAACUCCAUCAUAUUGACGGGAAAUAAUUUGCAGGAGUUGAGCGAUUUGGAGCCACUUACAGGAUUCAAGAAGCUGGACACAAUAUGUCUGCUCAUCAAUCCGGUGUCCACAAAGCCCAACUAUCGCGAGUAUAUGGCCUUUAAGUUUCCACAGUUGCGUUUGCUAGAUUUUCGAAAGAUCAAACAGAAAGACAGGCAACUGGCACAGGAAUUCUUCCGCACCAAGCAGGGCAAGGAGAUGCUCAAGGAGGUGUCCAAAAAGUCCAAAAUAACAGCUGCCGCGGCACUGGCAGCGGAGGCGACCAACGGCAAGCCAGCAACUGAAGGUGGACGUUUUGCUAAUCCCGAGGAUAUGCAGCGCAUCCGCGAAGCUAUCAAGCGUGCCAGCUCCCUGGCGGAGGUGGAAAGACUGUCACAGAUACUGCAAAGCGGGCAGCUGCCCGAUAAAUUUCAGCAUGAAUUGGGCCAAAAUGGUGUUAACGGCACGGCAGCCGCACCAGCCGUGGCCAUGGAUUACUAGAUGUAGUACUGUCGUCAGCUACCUUAUAACUGUAGAACAAUCUUUUAAUAAAUCAGUAAAAAAGAAAACAA